AUGUAUGUUGAAGAAGACUUGCUGAUAGUUGACGAGAUCGGCGUCCCUAUUCAACAAGUAGGGCGCGAACAAACUUCCGCCCGGCCUGUGUUUUCAGACCCUGAGAGGGUCUAUUGUAGAGCGGCGGAUCCCGGCCAGGAAAGACUCCGCCGAAGUGAUGGCUCGGGUGCAUAUUCGUAUGCGGACGCGGUUCGAGAUCGCGUGGUUUUCAAACAUUUUACGCACUCAAAACACCGCUUGCAUGGUCUCAAAGAUAUUAUAUUAUUCGGCAUCACUGAAUCACCCAUCAUCUCGCCCAUCAAACUGAAUCACCCAUCAUUUCGCUCAUCAUUUGCAGCUCCUUCUUGCUCUGAUUUCGCUACACAACAACUUCAACAACUACAAUCUCACAUGAAAAAACUAAUUCGUCUCAACUAUCUACCUGCAUAA